CUUCAAAUAAAAUCCCAAAGCUGGACAACAAAACAGACUCAUCCCCUUCGGACGAAGAUUUCAGUGACCCUGAACCUGGGAAGGCCGUGGUUCGUCCAAAAAAGUCCUCAGUUGGACGACCUAUCAAAGGCGGGAACAAAUUUGUGGUGUAUCGGAAUCGGACUGAAGAAGUUGUCAAAGGUAAUCGCAAGUAUUACUACCAGUCCAAAAAGAAGAAAGAGGAGGGUAUCGUUAUCCCAAGAGGACCAUUCGGUCGAAAGUGGGCCGGUCACCCCAAAUCAGAUCGGACAAGUCGUUCGUCACUGCGACAGGAAUCAUCAACACGGUCAUUUGCAUCUUCAACCAGUUACUUGCCCCGAGCCGCUGCCUUAUCAAAAGCAAUUGAAAAUGCCAAAUCGGUAGCCGAUUUAAGGAGACGCCCAGAUACUACGGCAGAUCCAUGUGGCUCUGAGUUGACAGAAAAACCAAAAGUUGACUUAUUCAGGGACGUCAACGACUCAUACAUGGCGGAGCUCAACAGACGCCAGGAGGAGGCAGCCUAACCGUUCCCCGCAAUUCCAGAACCAUCUGCUUCGUGCCCCCCCAUUCCAGAGUCCCUCUUUGGUCGUCCGCCACUUCCGGACCAAAAAAGAAGGGGUCCCCCGAAGCAAGGAACUCGGCCCAAAGUGUCAAGAGACGAACUUCCAGCCAGGGGCAGGGGAAGACCUCCGAAAUACGCAAGGAGAACUGUGGUUGAUGAGGAAACCGAAACAGUUGACCUUGGGAUUGGAAACGAUGAAGACAAGGCCGAGCAUUUUUUGACUUCUGAUAGAGUGAAGAAGGCGUUGGAAGAGUUGGACGCUGCGAUCCAGGAGGAGAUGGAUAAAAUCCGAAGCGUAAAGGUGAAAAAGUCUCAAGCAGGUGGAGGUUAUUGGGGGCCCACCGUGGACGUUGACUCUGGCAGGAGCUACAAAUGCAAAGUUCCUACAAAAGCCAAGCAGUUCACCGACGAGUGGAAUUCUAAAACGAAACUCACAAACAAGGAGGAAACGACGGUCCACCGAUUUAUUUCGGACGUGAGUACCGCAAUGACCUACGCUUUCAUGAAGGCGAUGAAGCAGGGCAUAGAUAGAUCCCAGUACGAUCGGGAAACUCAUGUCAUACACCAUAAAAACGGUGAGGGGCUUGCUGUCAACUCUGAAAUUAUCGACAAUUUCUUUCCGUCCCCAAUUCCUCGUCUACCUCAGCUUGAUGUCCUCAUUCCAGAAGUAGUGCGGAACUUUACCCGAAUACUGAAUGAAUCAAAAUUGCUCCCCUCACUGCCAACCACUGCUCAGAAAAAAGUUCCCCAAAAAAGGAUUCUUCGCAAAAAAGUGCCCCAUCACGAGGUGGUAAUCAAAAAGUCUGACUUUGACCAGUACCUCCAAGGUCCUUGGCACGAGCUCGUUGGUCAUCAGAAUGGCGAACAUUGGGGAAACGUACAUGGGAUUGAUCUUUCAUACGAGGAUGGAGCAGCCAUACUCAACGCCGAUUAUUCUGACGCUGUGCUGGAUGCAUACGGAUCUAUGAUCGCGGAAAAUUCAAAUGUGGAUGACAACAUGAUUCCGACGGUAUACUUCCCCAUGUCCUCGAUGCAGAUUUUACUGCAGAGCAGAGAUGUACAUCAUCCUGAACUUCAGCCUUUUGUAGAAACAUUGAGACGGAAUCGGGAGAACAUUGAUGUUGUGCUGGCUCCCCUCCACAUCCAUUAUUCUCAGCAUUGGACCUUAAUGACUGCAAACAUUCGGCAAGUCGGAUUGUCCAUAUUUGACCCCAUUCGUCCAGGAGAAAAAAUUGAAGCAGGUUUCGAUACAUUCGAGGAUAAAACCGAGUCCAACCUGUAUAUGAAAAGAACCAGAGACGGACUCGUCGCCAACAUGAGGCUGUUUCGACAACUUCUACGGCAUGCCCUUCCAGACCAACAGGGGUGGGAGUUGGAUGAAGGGUCCGACUGGCCUAUGAGCGAAACGUAUGAGCAGAUUGACGGGAUUUCUCGUCAAGGCCGCAACCGAGACUGCGGCGCCAUCGUGAUUUUGGCAAUGGAAUCCCACUCGAAAAGCGUUGACUAUGAUAAUCCCGAACUGGAAGUCAUGAGAAAACAAGGAGAUUGGAGGGGAGUGAGGAAUAUUCAGUUUCUCCAGAUGAGGAGCUUGAGUCGUCUGGGAGGUCUGGGAGUGCCUCUCCCUGAUCUGCGAGGCAAAUGGCAGCCUAACAUAUACGACGAGGAGCAAAAGAAGGAGGCGGAAGAAGAUUGUUACGAAUAAUUCUCAAGGGGCCAAUGGCAAUAUCAUUUAAAAUGCAAAUUUUACAAAUUUUAAAAGUCUGUAUCCUAAAAUUAUCGUCACAUUAUUA